AAUCGCGCUCAGCAAUCUUCUUCCAGUCAGGGAAAACGAGGCAAGAACAAUGGGAAGAUGAAACGUAGUGAUGGAAGUUUUUCCGACAGUUCUAACAGCUUCAUUCGCCAGGUCGAGUGUCUGACCGCUGUCCAGUUUGCCGUUUGACCGCUCCGUUUAUGGCUACUAUCGUCUGGCUAAGUGCAUAAGCUACCUGUCGGACUUAACUCUGAGCUUGGCCGAAAUUUUACCUUGGACCUAGGCCAGGGAUUUUGUGAUUACACCAAGACAUAGCUAAUACCAAAACAUUUAAGUGGAGGUACACGUACAAUGUAGAAUGUAUAUUACUGCUCUACUGCAUGAUGACAGCUCUGUGUUGAUUCAAUUGUGAAAAGAAACCUGAUUGGUUACUGGGGAUUGAUUACGUUUUGACCAGGGCCACUAUCGCCAAAAACAAGAUUCUCUUGAAAUAUUCGCCGAGGGCGAAACACUGUGAUUGGUUUGCGAGGUUUUGUCAAGCCUGGCCAUAAUGAAGUUGCCCUCAGAACCUUGGUACAGUUAAUAUGGAAGAUAGGCCACAUAUUUUACCAGGGCAGCAAAUGCAAUAAACUCCUUACAGAAGGGGCUUAACAGACUUUAUUGUUACUUGACGUCAGCGUGAGAUCAUCCGCGUCAAGCUAUAUGUAUGACAGGCUGAAAUUCUUCAUGCACUGUUGCCUAUUUAGGGCAGUGGGAGACCUGUGUUAGCCACCUAACAUGUAGACACAGGUGACACAGAAAGUCGCUCAUGUGGAAAUGUAUGUCUUUCACUGUGUCCUUUUACCUGAGGAUAAUCACCUAUGCCUGGUGUUUGAGAAAAGUGUGCGAUGAUUACAGGUGGAGUUUUAACGUACCUGUUCCGAGCUCGUUUUUCUUUUAGUUUCUUUCCUACCUGUGGAAACGUUUGUGUGUGUGCAUGUCGGCUACAUGUGGUAAACUGUGUAGGUGAGGAAAACGUUGAAUUGCGAUCUGGAGCGUUGUGAUUAAUGCCGUGUCACUAUAGACUUCAUGCAGAAGAUGACACCCAAAUCGAAGAUGCUGAAAAGUGAAACAAAGGCCAGUGUAGGCUCUGCGGACUCUAACUACAGCCAGCCGUCAUCCGAUUUGUCCCUGGAUGAGGAGAGAGAAGCUCUACGUCGCGAGACGGAGCGACAGGCCCUCACCCAGCUUGAAAAAGCAAGGACGAAGCCGGUGGCCUUUGCGGUACGGACAAAUGUCUCGUACGAUGGGUCACAUGACGAUGACUCUCCUGUACAUGGGUACGCUGUCUCAUUCGGAGUUAAGGAUUUCUUACACAUAAAAGAGAAAUUUAACAAUGACUGGUGGAUAGGUAGAUUAGUAAAGGAAGGCUGUGAUGUGGGCUUCAUCCCAAGCCCUGCCAAACUGGAAAACCUCAAACUGCAAUCCUCAAACUCUGGCAGGGCAGGCAAAUUAUAUGCUAGCAAAACCAACUCGUCUUCAAAUAUUGAUAAUUUGUUGACAAAUUCCAAAUCCUCAAAUUCCAGAGGGUCAACGCCACCUACCCCAGGUGUUGAAGGGGAUCAGAAUGGGAUAGACAGUAAUGUAGGAGAAGAUAGUGAUAGCAUAGGCAACCCCAAAACCAAGACCAGCACAAGCACCACACCACCUGCCAAGGAGAAGAGGAAACCCUUCUUCAAAAAGUCUGAAAAUGUUCCCCCGUAUGAAGUCGUGCCUUCCAUGCGACCAGUAGUAUUAAUAGGUCCUUCUCUCAAAGGCUAUGAAGUAACUGACAUGAUGCAGAAGGCGCUCUUCGACUUCCUCAAACAUAAAUUUGAAGGACGAAUAAUUAUAACCCGUGUGACGGCGGAUAUCUCGCUAGCGAAGCGCUCAUUACUGAAUAACCCCAGUAAGAAGGCGUUGUUACCCAACAGUAGGGCAUCAGGAUUAGCUGAGGUCCAACAAGAAAUAGAGAGGAUAUUUGAGAUAGCGCGCACGCUCCAGCUGGUUGUGUUGGACUGUGACACUAUCAACCACCCUUCACAGCUUGCCAAGACGUCGUUAGCUCCCAUUGUAGUUUAUGUGAAAAUCUCCUCUCCAAAGGUGUUGCAGCGAUUAAUAAAAUCCCGAGGUAAAUCACAGAGCAGGAACAUGAAUGUUCAGCUGGUUGCUGCAGACAAACUGGCCCAAUGUGGAAUGAUGACCGCCUCAACCGUGUCAAUGUCGUCUUCACAGGAGUUGUUCGAUGUUAUUCUGGAAGAAAACCAGCUUGAGGACGCAUGCGAACACCUGGCGGAAUUCCUUGAGGCGUACUGGAGAGCGACGCACCCGCCUAGCACAAACCAGUCCCCGAAACACCAGAAUGCUCUGGGUGCCCUGCCCACGACCCCUCAUCUGCUGAGUCGACACUUCCCCGUUCCCUCCUCGCCACGGCCGCAGAGCGUCGAUCGAGGGAACCUUGACUCACCAGAUCGCCAUGACGACUCAGAUCAUGGCCGACAUCAAGACAUGAGCCCGACGCGAGAGCGGCUCCAUGAGAAGCGUGACUACGACCGAGGCGGUCGGGAUUAUGAACGUUCUAAGGACUACCUGUAUGACCAGCCCAAGGACUAUAUUGGCCGGGACAAUCGAGAUUACGGCAUAGGGCGGAGUCGGUCUGAGCGUUACCAUGGACACGAUAGGUUUGAUGAUAGUGCGGACUCUCCGCCUCCACGGAGCUCUCGUUAUCCUCCAAUCAAACAGGGCAGUAUAGACAUCUAGCGACCGUGAAAACUUUAGGCAUAUACUGACGAUACUCUCAUAUGGCUGAUCUUGACAUUUUCUUGUUGGGUGAUUUUAAUGUUAACUUAAUACUACUAUCAUCAUGAUGGUGACUGUCAAGUGUGCCCCUGUUUUGGGGCAAAUGAUAGAAAAGAGACAGAGAAAGAGAGAAUCUCAUUGUGAUCUAGAAAAUGCCACAACAAAAUGACAGUAAUCCUUUCAAAAGGACUCUGUUUGGAUCUUUGGCAACGUACAUGUACAGCAAAUCAGAACAGUCUCCAAGCAACAGAUCUUUUGCUUCAUAGGCAAUCUGAGCUGCCUGCUGGAAAUCUGAUAGCGAGUUGCAUUUCUGAAAAGAAAAAAAAUCAACCAAUAAGAUUUUGCUGUGCCUGCAAGGUUUGACCGAAGCCAUUGAAAGUUUUGCGUUCUCAGGACAACAGUUUGAGAAUCUCCCGAGGAAAGUUUCCAUAACCCUAGACUUUGAUGGAAUAAUUUCUCUUUUUUUUAAAAAAGAGAAACUUUCAUAGUAAAGGUUCAAGAAGUAUGGAAAUAAUGGCAAGCUCUUUAAGAACCUGGCAAGAGAUGCAACUUCCGUGGAAACUUUAUUUGUUUUGAAAAGGAAAACAAGAAGAGCAAAUUUCUUGUUCUGACUGCUUGAUAAUAAGGCUUGACACAAAGCUGGGAAAAGAAAAGCAGUUUCCAUGGUAACAAGCUCUAGAUUGUUGCAAGACCUUCGUCAGGGAUGGCAGUCUUUCUCAUGGAACUGGAUAUGGAAUGUCAACAAAACUUUCAUGGAAACAUUCCAAUCCAAAUUGCAUUCAACCACUGACUUCCUUGAGCAGAUCAAAAUCUAACAGCUGCAUAAAUGUAACAUCAACUGAAUUGGCGUGAACAUUUUGAUGAGUGAUCAAGCACCUUAUAUCGCGUUUGUUCUUGAAUGACAUCUGAAAGAGUUUGGACUGUUUGUGAUAAUUGUAGUGUUUGGUCAGCUUGAGUAGGGGCUUGUCCCUGAGUGAGGAUGCCAAGAUCACAGUGGCUGGACAAUUUGACAACUGAUGAUUGAACAUCUGAAUACAAGGUGUUUUCCACAGGGCGGUAAGCCUAGACCUUGUCAUGACUGCAGCGUUUGAUCAGUUUAAAAUGGAGCUAAAUCAUCAACAGCCGUGGCUUAAAAAAUCUACACUAAAGGAUGAAUUGGAGGAAAAGACAUAAACAUGCUGUCCGCAAUUGUUACACAGUCUCAACCAUUCAGAAACAGCUUUGCUGCAGUGAAAGUUUUCAACUGCUGUAAACUUCCAGUGCAUUAUGGAUGAAGUUGCUGUUCAAAAGUUGGUUGACACAAGCGUGCCCUGAGUCGAUGUAUAGAGUACAGUCUCAACUUAACCCACUCAGUUGGAGAAUUCUGUUUGCCGGAAUAUGCCAAAACAUAAACUCUCUAUUUAUAAAAUGAGAUGAGAACCAAAGGACUUCUGGAUCCUUCCAACGCUGUUACGUCUUGUUUGGAUUUAUUGUUGUAUUUUAUUCUGAUCAGACCUGCAGAUCACACCAUAGAUGUUCAAGCUUCUCACCCUCUGAAAGAGAACCGAAAGGAAGGGAAUUACUGGCCAGAGUAUUGUCAGAUUCAAGCAGCAGUGGUCAUAUAGUAGCGCUGGGAUUUUACCCGCUACACCCAGUGAUACAGGUAUAAGUACAUUUACAUCAGCCCCUUCUGAAAACUGCCAGCGGAUCUGUGUGUCACUUGCCUGUGGAAGAUUUGUCCCUGUAUAGCUGUGUGAAUAUGACCUUCUGGACAGUUUGGAAAUGUGAUACAAAGCUGUUGUCCAUGGAUGGUAUUAAAAACUCAGUCCAGAAAAGAAAAUCUGCAAGCUUUUCAUGGAGGUAGUACAUGAAAGCCUCAGGUUCAGUGAGCUCUGCAGUGAAAACUUGAUCGCCAUGCAGACCCCAGAGUCAACCCCGGCGGAAUGCCUCCAGUUUAUGUGCGUUUCUUUAGGAGUUGUGCAGUGAAAUUUUGAUCGUGUUCCAGACGAAGGGGAAAAUUCUUUGGCUUACCAAAUGUUUCUUGUGAAAUUGACCACAUUUGACCUUUGGAGCAUGAGAAUUCUGUUCAUUAUAACCAGCCACCAGAUUCGGGUUCCGUUCUUCAUUUAGCGGGUAACUUCCAAGCGUUCGUGGGUGAUCCAAAACAACUCACCGGAUCUCCUUGUUAUUCACCGGAUCUGGUGCUACACUACUCACCGGAUAAUCACGGAUACUCAGUUUUCCGCUUGUUGUGACACCAGCCCUUCGAAAAAAAAAAUACUGGCCACGUGUGAAGUCAUUGUGAUGUUUUCGUUUCAACUGGACUACAUAUAUAUAUAAUUAU